AUGAAGUCCCUAAACUUCUUAAUACUAACGACGAUAAUUCUCGUCGUUAAUGUUACAAUCUUCUUAGGGGUUUCACAACUACCUUGGAAUGACCAAUCUACAUCCAAGAGACAAGUUUCCAAGACUUUUAUUUUCACCAACUUCAUGAUCCUUUUACUUAUCAUUCUCAAUAGCUUGAAGAAUCUUUUCAAGAUCCGGGAUACUUCAGUAUUCUUGACUCAUAUAUUACCCGUUAUGAAGAUUUUAUUACAAUAUGGACUUCUAAGCUUUAUAUCAAUGGACCAUGGACAUUUCGAAUUAACUUUUCCUCAAAUAUCAAUUGUUUUAGGUCUUUUCACAUUGUUUAUGACAUUUGAUUAUUUCAUGAAUUAUUGGGAUUUUACAUAUAAAAUUGUUUAUCAUGAUUUCUUGAAAUAUUAUGAUGAAUUCACGAGUUUAAAUUAUCGGGACUCUAGGAUAGAUGUUUCGAGAACCAUCAGUGAAUCAUUUAAAAGGUUCAGUGUUGAUUCUGCCAGUAGUGAUGAAACCUUAGCAGAAGUCUUACCAAAGACCAUUGUUCCAAACUUUAAAGAUAUAUUCAACGAUCAUCCUAUCAAAAAGUAUGAUCCAGAGAGUCUCAAACCUAAAACUUUAAGAUAUUUUCAAUCGAUGCCAAUAUUGAAUCAAAAAGAGAAGAAUUAUUAUAAAUUAGUUGAUAAAUUAUACUCCGUAUCACCUAAAAACACUUUCCAUUUAGUCACGGCGUCAGCGACUGCAAUGACAAUGGAUGGAUUACAAGACGAUUCGAGUUCUAUACAUACUUGUGAUACUGACUGGGGUGGAGGUGGUGGUGGAGGAUUCAAAUAUAAAAUGCCUGAUGGUUCCAAGAUAAGUUUCGGAGGUGGUGGAGGUUUUGGAUAUCAUCAUUAUGAUCGUAGACAUUCAGAACAUUCCCAGAAAUCACAUCAUUCUCAAUCAAGUCAGUCUCAACCAAAUCAAUCUCAGUCCAAUAAAAAAGUGUGGGGUUGGUUAAUUCCAUACAAAUCUAAGAAAAGUUUGUCUAAAAAAUUAUCAGAAUUCAAUUUUGAAACAUCCAAAUUACUUUCGGAAGAUCAAGAAAACUACAGUUCUAUCAAUGAUGAUAUUGAAAUUACCAAAGAUGAAUUCAGUAACUAUUUGAAUUUAUCUUUAGGCAUCAAGAAAACCAUUAUAUUUGAUCCUAUUUUCGAUAAAUUCAAUAAAUUGAUUCGAAACCUUAAUUCCUUGGAAGUGUUCUUACUUAUGAUGAAUCGAAUGGCUUGGAAUUUCGGUUGUUUGAUUUCAUUGUCGUUGAAUUUUUCCAAAUCAUUUCAUUUAGUAUGGUUUUUAAUAAUUUUGAAAUUGUUCAAUAUUAAUUAUUUGAAUAAUCUAAAAUUAAAUUUGUUGAACAAAUUAUUUAUUAAGUUAAUUAUCAAUUUCUUGGUAAUCUCUAUCUGUAUUAUAUAUACUUUAAUGUGA